UCAGUCAGAGCAGCCAACACUGACCAGCGUCCAGCAGAAGCUCCAGCCUCUUGUUUGGCCUUGAGAUUCUUCGUACCCUCUUUUCCUCACUGGAAUUUGGAACCAAUCUUGCUCCAUUACUUUAUUCUCUCUUUGUUGGAUUUCUUUAUGGUUUUGUGUAAAUUUACGAUGGAGAAUUAAAAUGGUGAGAAAGAAAAAACUCCUAGUGUUUGAAAUUUGUGGAAGCAUGAUGUGGGAUGGAUAAACACCAACAAAAAUCUGCGAUGGCCUCUAAUGACCCUGAUCUUCCUGACCCCUCUGGUGACCCCCAGCCUGGUGACCUAAUUGAGAUCUUCAGACCAGCCUAUCAGCACUGGGCUCUCUAUCUGGGAGAUGGCUACAUCAUCAACUUAACUCCUGUCGAUGAGAGCCAGGCAGCCGCCAUGUCCAGCGUGAAGUCAGUCUUCAGCAGGAAGGCCGUGGUGCGCAUGCAGCUGCUGAAGGAGGUGGUGGGAAACGACUCGUACCGCGUCAACAACAAGUACGACGACAACCACACGCCCCUGCCCGUCUGCGAGAUCAUCCAGCGAGCUCAAGUCCUCAUUGGCCAGGAGGUGUCUUAUGACUUGCUGGGGAGCAACUGCGAGCACUUUGUUACCCUUCUGCGCUACGGGGAGGGGGUAUCAGAGCAGGCUACACGGGCCAUUGGGGCCAUCAGUAUGGUGACGGCAGCAGCCAGCGCCUUCUCUGUCCUGGGAUUGAUCAACACACGGUCCAGAAACAGGCCUUUCUGAUAGCUGUGAUCUCCAGUCAAGGAUGGUGUCUCACAACUUUCCCGUGGCUUUAAUUACAAAAAUGCAAUAAAGUAUAAAUAAGAAUGUAAA